UCCUAGUCAUAGUGGUUUUGUGGUGGGUGGGAAGAUGUUGGGGGAUUCUCCAUCAUCUGCCUUCAGUAACAUUACAGUUCACGUAUAAAGUUCUAUUUAGAUGCAUCCCAUGUGUUGGAAGAGACUAGAAAUAACUUGAUGUUCACAUAAGUAAUUACAUCCUUUGAUUGGAACAUCAGAGCUACAGAGGCCCCCGUGCACAUUCCCCCCCCCCCCCGCAUUUAACAUUUUCAAACUAAGAUUAUAGGAGAGAAAACUGGUCAGGAUUACCAAGCAAACUGGUGAUAGAGGCCAGCUUCACACUCAGGCCCCUUGGCAUGCACAUUGACGUCUAAGCUGUUGUUUCAAUGGCAGAGGUUUUCAGCUCUCUACAUUGGGAUGCUUGACAGGUUUUCUUUUCCUGGUCCACUUGUGAGUUUCUUCUCCCCUGGUGUGCUCGAAUCUCUGCAUCGUGUGAGUUAGUGGAACCCUGAGACUCUUCACUAGAGGCUGUGGGGUAGGAAGGCUCCUCCCUGGGGUUGCUGGUACUGUGUGCAUUGAAUGUGCUUUGUCUACACCAAAAGGCAUUUGGGCUCAGGCCCCAAGGCAGUGGUAUUGAGAAAUGGUGGGGUCUUUAAGAGUCCCAUGGGACUUCAGUUUCAUGGAGGAAUUAAUAUCGUUGCCCAGUGAGUGUGUUAGUAACUGUGGGAACAGACAGUUAGGAAGUGAGUGUGUCUCCUCCCUUUGCUCUCUUCUCACCUUGUGACCUCUCCUCCUCCACCUUGUGACCUCUCUUCCUCACUUGCCCACUGUUUUCCUGCUGUGCCUAAAGCAGUGUGAGACCCUUGAGGGAAGCCUAGCAGAUACUUGAACCCUCAGAGCUGUGAGCACGUUUCUUGAUAAAUUCCUUAGUUCCCGACAGUUUGUUACAGCAACAGAGAGUGGACUAAGACAGGCUCUGAACUGACUUUGCGUUUCCCUUGGGGGGCUUUCCUGACUCACACCUUAGUAGGAGAGUUUGUGACUUAGCCUGGAUUGCUCUUGUGUUAGAGGCAGUGCUAGUUUUAGCAUCCACAGAGGGGAGCCCUAGGCAGGGAGGCAUCCUCUGGUGCCUGAUGUUGAGAUAGCAAUUGGAAAGCUGGCCUCUCCCCAUGAGGUUGCAUCUGAGAGUCAGGCUGGUUUCUGCAUGCUGGGGAGAGCCCGAGAAGGACGGGCUUUAUUGAACAUUUUUAUUGCUAAUGUACUUUCCCAUCCUUAUUUGACUACAGAUUCUUGAAGGAUAGGAAGGUGACUUUUUUCCAUUUAGUUCCUACAACGCCUGGCACUGCCAUCAGUAGACAUUUCCGCACGAACAGGCUGUCAGGAGGGAGAGAUACUUGCCUUGCUCCUUACUAUUUAGCAGGACAGGUCCUCCAUCUUUUUGGGGGAGAUCCUUCAUCUAUGCAGUGAGGGGCUUGAGGAGACCUGUGAUGCUCCUCAGCAAUAGGCUAGGACUCUGGGGGCUUCCACAACUUUCACCUGAGAGAAGCCCCACCCUCUUCUCUUCCCCAAUGCCAUGAGGAGAGGACACACCCUCACUGUCCCUCAGCAGUACACAUCAGGGAGGGUUGGUUCUUUUACCAUCUUUUAAACAUGAGCAAAUCUAUAAACAUUUAAGAGAAAGCAUAGGGCUGAGAAGGUGUGACACCGUCUGUCCUCUCCGUCAGGAAGGUCAUAGCCAACCCUCCUGUACUAAGAGGGGCUAAUCAGGGUGGAAGUGUUUAUUUAGUCAACAUUUAUGUGACAUGAGAGCCUUCAGAGGAGAAUAUGGAAGGACCCAGGGGGAACAGUCCAUCUGGGAGCUCACAUUUCCAUUUCUAUAACUCUAGUUUGCUGAAGCAUGGGCAGCUGUAUGGGAAGGCUGGUCACAGAGUGCGUGGUAAUGGAAGUCAACUGCGCUACACCCCGCCAGUCCAGCCACUCAGAUCCUUUCUGCCUGUGUGGAACUGUCCUGUCUUCCAGGUCAGGACUAAGAAGGCAGAAGGGACCGAAUGGCCAUUUUGGGUUUUUGUGGCAGAUUAGGGAAGAAAUCUGGUUUCUGAGACUCACUUCAUGGACAAAGGUUGGGAGGGAGGCACGGGACAGGAGAGAGUCAACAGUCUUUGCUGUUGGGUCAGUAUCUGCAGUCUUCAGCUCUCCUUUAGUACUGAGUGCUUGUCAUGUCAAUGCUGUACUUUGUACUCUCUACUGUGCUUUGGAUAUCGUUUUCUGAGCCCCAAUACAGCAUCCAGGAGAGGAGCUACUGAGGCAAAUCUGGGGUAUCUCAUGGUCUCUCCUGCUCCCAUCCCUCUUCCUCUGAGCUGCGGUCUGCCACCAUUUUCCAGCAGUCAGGCUGCUGCCAAGAAAAGAGCGCAGGGGAGAAGCGACCAUGUCCACACAGAGGCUUCGGAACGAAGACUAUCAUGACUACAGUUCCACAGACGUGAGCCCCGAGGAGAGCCCAUCUGAAGGCCUUGGGAGCUUCUCCCCCGGCUCCUACCAACGCUUAGGAGAGAACAGUAGCAUGACAUGGUUCCAGACUCUGAUCCACCUGCUGAAAGGCAACAUUGGCACCGGACUGCUGGGGCUGCCUCUGGCAGUGAAGAACGCAGGCCUCCUGUUGGGUCCUCUCAGCCUGCUGGUGAUUGGUAUCGUGGCUGUGCACUGCAUGGGUAUCCUGGUGAAGUGUGCUCAUCACUUAUGUCGUAGACUGAACAAACCCUUUUUGGACUAUGGGGACACUGUGAUGUACGGACUAGAAUGCAGCCCCAGCACCUGGGUCCGGAGCCACUCCCACUGGGGAAGGCGCAUCGUGGACUUCUUCCUCAUCGUCACUCAGCUGGGAUUCUGCUGUGUCUACUUCGUGUUUCUGGCGGACAACUUUAAGCAGGUGAUAGAGGCAGCCAACGGGACCACCACCAACUGCAACAACAAUGUGACCGUGAUCCCGACGCCCACCAUGGACUCUCGACUCUACAUGCUCUCCUUCCUGCCCUUCCUGGUGCUGCUGUCUUUCAUCAGGAACCUGCGUAUCUUGUCCAUCUUCUCUCUGCUGGCCAACAUCAGCAUGUUCGUCAGCCUGAUCAUGAUAUACCAGUUUAUUGUCCAGAGGAUCCCAGACCCCAGCCACCUCCCCUUGGUGGCUCCAUGGAAGACCUACCCCCUGUUCUUUGGCACGGCGAUUUUUGCUUUUGAAGGCAUUGGAGUGGUUCUACCCCUUGAGAACAAAAUGAAGGACGCACAGAAAUUUCCAUUGAUCUUGUAUUUGGGGAUGGCUAUCGUCACUGUACUCUACAUCAGCCUGGGGAGCCUGGGGUACCUGCAAUUUGGAGCUAAUAUCAAGGGCAGCAUCACCCUCAACCUGCCCAACUGCUGGUUGUACCAGUCGGUGAAGCUGCUGUACUCCAUAGGCAUCUUCUUCACCUAUGCCCUCCAGUUCUAUGUCGCGGCUGAGAUCAUCAUCCCGGCCAUUGUGUCCCGAGUGCCUGAGCAUUUCGAGCUGAUGGUGGACCUUUGUGUGCGCACUGCCAUGGUCUGUGUGACAUGUGUGUUGGCCAUCCUCAUCCCACGCCUGGACCUGGUCAUCUCCCUGGUGGGCUCUGUGAGCAGCAGCGCCCUGGCCCUCAUCAUCCCGCCCCUGCUGGAGGUGGCCACCUACUAUGGAGAGGGCAUUAGCCCCCUGACCAUCACCAAGGAUGCCCUCAUCAGCAUCCUGGGCAUCGUGGGCUUCGUGGUGGGGACCUACGAGUCUCUGUGUGAGCUGAUCCAGCCAAGCCAUAGCGACUCCUCUACCAAUUCCACCAGUGCCUUCAUAUAAGGAUCUGGGUGUGCUCCCUCCACCUGCCCAGCCUCACCCUGUGUGUCUCCCAGUAGUGUCCCCACAUCCUCAGGUAUAGUCCAGCCUCUGGAAAAAGGCAGGGUUGCUGCCUGGGCAUUCUUCUAUCUGGCAUUGGACCCUUGGGUAACCUGGGCUAGAUGAGACUGAGACUGGGGGAGGGCGGGGAGCAGCCCCUCCACUUGUGAUGGUGCCGUCGCUGCUCUCCUUCAUCACGCCUCCUCUCUCGGCACUGCUCCCCGCCCCACCCGCGUCUGACCUGCCACACCUAAAUUAUUCCCAUUGCACAGCUCACUUUAUUUAAAAGGUAGUCUCCGGCUCCUGACGUUUUCUCCUUUCCUGGGCCAGGCCUAGAUUAAAUAAGUGGGGACUCUCAUGUUUUACAAAGCCAGGCCUCUUUCUCAUCAGGCUCCCAAAUGCUGUACCUCACUGUUCCACGCAGCUGCGUCCUGAGAGGGUUCUGGAUUCCCCCACCCCCAAUAGUUUACAGCCAGCCCUGAAUGCUGAAGGUUUCCAUCUGCUGUCUGACUUGGGGAACCCACAGGCCACGUCACCUCUUUUCUCGUUUCCUCUGUGUAGGUCACAGUACUGCCCCUUGAUUUCUUUAGCUCUUAAAGACAAUGAGACACUGCUCAGACUGGAGGCAUUUACAGUGUAUUUACGCUUAGGGUUCAGGCUCUUGACUUCAGACCUGGCAUCACAGCCGAUUCUUCCUCCUUCAGCAACUUGUAUUUGGCUUCUCCUUCCACUAAGACACCUGCUCCAGGGGACUGUGGGUUUGCCCUCCACCCUGCCCUCUUGGCCAUUUUGUUGUUUGUUUGUCUGUUUUGUUUUGUUUCCAGACAGGGUCUCAUGUCACCAGAGUUGGCUUUGAACUUGCUUGCUGUGUAGUCAAGGAUGACGAUGGGCUCUCGGUCCUCCUGCCGUUGCCUCAAGUACUGAGGUUGCUAGCAUGAGCUGCCACACCCAGCUGGCUCAGAGACCUCAAGCAGAUCAUGUGAGCAUGCACCGCCUCUGGAAGCCCCAUGCAUGUGUGGACUUCCAUUCAUGAGACUGACUCCAUAUGGGCACUCGGAAGUACUUGUGUAUACAAGGCUAAGGACGGGCCGCAGUUCCUCUUCAUAGACACUACGCACAAGGGUCAUUGUUUACAGUUCCUGGGGAGAGAGCAGAAUCCCUGCCUUGCCCCAAGCUGCCUCUGUAUCCUGGGCUUCCAAGGAACCACUAAACACUAACUGUGGCCCAUACCUGCUCCUAUUAUGCCUCUCACAGAGUCACCUGGCUUCUAGGUCAGUCAUCUUAGGGUGUGCCUUUAGAGGCCACUGAGAGAGUCCAUGACUUGCCACUGCUCCCCUGUUGAUGUCAGGAUUCCCAAAGGACAGCUGUUAGCUCUCCAUCUCUGGGUUGUGUGUGUGUGUGUGUGUGUGUGUGUGAACACGUGUGCAUGCACACAUAUGCACACUACAGAGCGGUUUGUGUCUCCUCUCUGGUUACCAGGCUCUUAACUACAGAUAGGAUUUGCCUUGAAACUCGAGUUAGAGAAAGAAGCAAGAAUUUGUUUCUCAGAGUGUUGCUUUUGUGUUUGACAGAAGCUAGUGGUCCAACCUUGCAGCCAAGUCCCUUCUCGAUGUUCUGUCCAGAGCCUGCUGCGUGACUUCCAGGUCACGGGAUGGGAAGGAUGGUUUCUGGCUACAGCAGCCGCUGUCCUUAGCAGCGUUGCUAGGAGGAGGCAUUGCUGUCUUGGCCCUGAGGAGAGCAAUGCUUUUUUCCCUUUCUGGCAUCAGCAUCCCCACAGGUGCUUAUGUGGCCUGGUUCCAGCUGGGACUCACAGACGCCUUGCUUUCUGAAGUCUCAGGCUGGAAAGUAACCAAAGUAGGUUUAGAUGCUGGCCAGCAACCCAACUGUGGGCCAGGCUCUCUCUUAGAAGCCACCUGAGCUUGGCUUCCUGGGUGGGAGGAAAGUGUAUUCUGAACUUUUAGAGGCGCUCCUACCAGGUCUAGACCCAUUGUGCCUCUCACAGAGUCACCUGGCUUCUAGUCUAGUCCAAGGCUAGCUACUCUUCAGGGCCCCUGGCCUGACAUGGUGUGGUGUGCCUUCUGUAGCAUUUGGCUGAGGGCAGCUUCCUUGGUACCUUGGUAUGACCCACAUCUUUUGACCUCUUCCUAUACUCCUGAGGUACUGUCAGUUUGGUGACUCUUUGAGCAAGAUCGGGGCCUUUCUAGAUGGACACCAGGAAGCUGCUAAGCACAUAGCACCAGGUGCCACACACAGCCCAGGUGCCCACAGGAGCCCUGAGUCAGAGCCCUCCUGACCCCUCCCACUGUCAGUUUGGAGCCAGAUGGCCCCUGGUGGGAAAACAGAUAAAUGGGAGCUUGGGCAGAACAAUAUAGAUAGACAAGGCUUGUGGGGACUAAGCCUGAAUCCAGAUGCCCCAGAGGCAGACAUGCCCCAUCCUUGCCAGCCCAGUCCUUGUCUGUACCCAAAGUCAGAGGCCAGUAAUCCCAAACUUGAAUGUGAGCACUUGCUGGGAAGCAUGUGAUCUAGCCUGAGCAACCCACUGUGCCCUUAGCUGUGGCAUCACUUGUGCUGCUGUCUGGGUCGGGAGAGGUAGAGGUUAGCUUAGGCCCACCCGUCUCACCUCUCUAGCCACACCUAUGGGCAGGUGCUCCUGUCUGCUCUCUUCCCCUGGAAGUCUUGUGCUAAGUGUGAUCAGUGGUCUGAAGCUAGAUCCCAGAGCCUGUCCUUAGGCUGUCUCAUCCUCAGAUUUCUCCCUCCCUUCAGUGUCUGCUCUUUGGACGCUAUUGUUUCACCUGAUCCUUCCAGGAAGUGCAGAGCUCAGAUCAUGUUUACAGCACUCACUACCCCCUUCUCACGCCCGCUCGCCCGCCAGCCUGCCCGCCAAGGGCUCUGGACAAGGGUUUCUUUCCCUGCUGGCCAGCCUCAGCCACCACUCCCACUGGCACACUGAGGCUUUCUGGGGCCUGAUAUGGGAACCAGACAGAGUGGUCGGACGUGGCAAUCAGGAGGGUGGCGCCAAGCUGGCUUGAGAAUAUAAUUUUCCAAAGUACAUUACAAAUCAGAUACCAUUAGGGGAAAGCAGGCCACGUGGCUCUUCUUUGAAACUGUGGUCAAUACUUGAAGGCACUUUAGUCCUGCUGGCCGCGCCAGCUUCCGUCUGGCCGGUGUCUUCUUUUUCUGUGUGUCCAAGCCAUUCACUGCUCAGAGACAUUAAACCAUGCUCAUAGGCAGUUAUCAAAAAAAGCAGCAGAAAAUGAGGCUGGAAGGAGCCUGGUGUUUGCCCUGUUCUUUGGUUCUUUGGUUCGAUGUUGAAGAAGCUGGAAUUUUUUUUUUAUGAAUAAUAAAAUCCCACAUCUGUAUCGUAAAGUUGUCAGUAUAUGUUCAAAUCAAGGAUCGAGAGAACUGCCCUACAGAGAGUCUUAACAGCCAGACAGUACCGUGUGCUGGCGCCUACCUAGAUGUGCAUUGCGUACACGCGUGGGGCAUGUCAGAGCUUCAGAUGUGCAUUGUGAACAUGCAUGGGUCAUGUCAGAGCUUCUAGGUCUCAUUUGGGUUGCACAUAUGGAUCUUGUGUUAAAUUUCCACUUCAAUAAAUGAAUUUUAUUUUUUAUUUUUGA